AUAGCGGAAGCGGGGCGGAGCUCAGCCUCUUUGAUGCUGGCGCCCAGAGAAAAUGACGAAGGGUACGUCCUCAUUUGGUAAGCGACGAAAUAAGACACACACCUUGUGUCGUCGAUGUGGGUCCAAGGCAUACCAUCUGCAAAAAUCUACCUGUGGGAAAUGUGCUUACCCUGCUAAGCGUAAGAGAAAGUAUAACUGGAGUGCAAAGGCCAAAAGACGCAGCACCACUGGUACUGGUCGCAUGAGGCACCUGAAAAGGGUCUACCGUCGAUUCAGGAAUGGAUUCCGUGAGGGAACCACACCGAAGCCCAAGAGAGCAGCUGUUGCAGCCUCCAGUUCAUCAUAAAGGCGCAUCUAUUCGUUAAAAUAAAUGGUCUUAUCCAGAAAGUGUCACCUUUUAUAUGUGUUUUACUUCAGUGAAAUACGGUAUUCCUGAAAAUACAUAUAUUUACACACACAAAUUCUUGAUGGUAUGCACUGAAGCAAUUCAUUAAAAAUAAUCCUUUAAUUGA